AAGGUAUAGAAGGUUAUGACACAACUCGAAAAGAAUUUUUCACACUUCAUGCUAUAGUGGUCAAUUGGUCUAGUGACAUUCCGGGGUUGACAAAAAUAAUGUGCUUAACUAGACAUAAUAGUUAUCGAGGGUGCCGAUAUUGUAACUUAAAAGGCGUUUGUACAAAUCAUAUUUAUUAUCCUACAACACCACCUACGGAUGUUAAUACUAUGAGAUAUUGUGCAUCCAAUCUCCCAAGUCGAACACAUGAGAAAUGGAAGGAAAGGCUCAAGAAAAUCCGUGAUGCAAAAUCUGAAAAAGAACGAA